CACCGUACUGAUAAAAUCCGAUGAUAAAAUCUGAUUCUGAAAUUCAUUCCUACAAGGGAACAGACAAACAGAAGCUUUAUUUAUAACAGUGAAAAAUGAUUUCACAAUCGUUUGCAGUUAUAGCGCUCCUGGGAUUAUUCAAAUACGGGGCUUGUAUUGACUAUGACGGAUGGCUGAACAUAAAGAUAGAACACUCAUUAAGCUGUGGAGAUGAAAAUUAUUGCUCGAGAGGCAAUAUAGCUUUGAAGAGUAUUCGAGCAGGUGCCUCAGUCAUUGAUCAAAUUCCUUUUACGAAGCAGCAUAUAGAAGAAUUGAAAAGUAUUGCAGAAACUGAUGGGUUCUACACCAUAAGAACAGUGGUGACAUCUGCUGAAAAUAGUCACGGCACUGAAUUCUUUUCAUCAGUCAAGGCUGGAGCCUUCCUUGCAAAUGGCCUGUCUGAUGUAAUUAAUGCUUGGGUAUUGCCCAAUGGAGCAGUUAUAGCUGUCAGUUUCCAAGUGACCAACUCCUCGCAGCCAUUGCCCAGAGAAGGCAACAAUUAUAGAAUUAACUCUAACUUCUACCUACGCUAUGUUGAACAAGCCCCUGUCCCUGACACAGCAUCAUACAUCCAAAAACUAGAACGUGAAAGGGAAGCAAGAGAGAAGGGUGACAUGAAAGACAACAAAUCAUUCUUAGCCAAAUAUUGGAUGUACAUUGUGCCUAUUGCAAUAUUUGUCAUGAUAUCUGGAGCAAGCAACCCAGAGCCAGCAGCUCAAGGGGCACGAUAAACCAAAGAACACAACUGUACAUUAUGAACUUCAAUAAAUACUAGAACACCUUUACUAUUAAGGUUAAUCUUAUUUAUGCAAGGUUAUCAUAUUCAGCAUUAUUUAAGACUGGUCAUUAUUUAAUGGUCUGAGACACAUCCAUAAUCAUCUGUCUAGCAUUUUCCCUAACUAUGUUGGCUUCAGAUAUUAGUAAAGCAAACUGACCAUUGCUGAUAUAAAUUUUUAUAUGUAAGAUGAUAGGAUAAAUUGGGUAAGGUUACAUUGUAAACAAUUAAAUAGUUUUUUUUUUUUAGUGCUGUGUAGGAUAAUAGUAUUACUUUCAGAUUGUGUUGCAGAAGUUACCACAUUAUUUAUGAACAUUACAUUUCAAAUGUCUUUCACAUGUGUUGGGUUAUGCAAACAGUUGUGUGAAACUAUUUAUUAAAAAUAUAAUACCUAA